CUAAUGCUGGAAAAAGUACAGAGUCCAUUGAAAGCCUGGCCUGUUACUUUCUGAAUUAUUGGAUUUUUCGUUUGCAUGUGUGUGUUUGUGUGUGCGCACCGUUGAUGGACUGCUUCCUGACUUUCACUGAAGGUUACUGUAGCCGCUGUCCCAAGGCCAGAGAAGUUUACAAGCCUCACCUUUUGCUGCGUUCAAUGCUGUAUACCUGCAACCCAAGGGCACUAUAUAUUUGCGCUUAAUUAUGUCUUCUGGUUCGGAUACUAGCAACACUCAGGAACCUAUAAAACAUGGGCUUCUUCCAGGUGUGUCUCAGUUUAAAAUGGUGAAUUACUCUUAUGAUGAAGAUCUUGAAGAACUGUGUCCAGUCUGUGGAGAUAAAGUGUCUGGGUAUCACUAUGGACUCCUUACCUGUGAAAGUUGCAAGGGAUUCUUUAAACGAACAGUCCAGAACAACAAAAGGUACACAUGCAUAGAAAAUCAAAGCUGCCAGAUUGACAAAACUCAAAGAAAGCGCUGUCCUUAUUGUCGGUUUCAAAAAUGUCUAAGUGUUGGGAUGAAGUUAGAAGCCGUGAGAGCUGACCGAAUGCGUGGGGGUCGGAACAAAUUUGGACCCAUGUACAAGAGGGACAGGGCACUGAAGCAGCAGAAGAAAGCUCUCAUCCGAGCAAAUGGACUCAAAUUAGAAGCCAUGACUCAGGUGAUUCAAGCAAUGCCCACUGAUCUAACAAUAUCUUCUGCAAUCCAGAACAUCCAUUCUGCCUCCAAGGGCCUACCUCUGAACCAUACAGCCUUGCCUCCCACAGACUAUGACCGAAGUCCUUUUGUAACCUCUCCGAUUAGCAUGACAAUGCCACCACAUGGUAGCCUACAAGGUUAUCAGAGCUACAGUCACUUUCCAAGCCGUGCUAUCAAAUCUGAGUACCCCGAUCCUUAUACUAGCUCUCCAGAGUCGAUAAUGGGCUACUCGUACAUGGAUGGUUACCAUCAGACCAGCUCGCCAGCAAGUAUUCCUCAUCUGAUUUUGGAACUCCUGAAGUGUGAGCCAGAUGAGCCUCAAGUCCAGGCCAAGAUUAUGGCCUACUUGCAGCAAGAGCAGGCCAACAGAAGCAAGCAUGAAAAGCUCAACACUUUUGGGCUUAUGUGCAAAAUGGCUGACCAAACCCUCUUCUCAAUUGUCGAGUGGGCCAGGAGUAGCAUAUUCUUCAGAGAACUUAAGGUUGAUGACCAAAUGAAGCUCCUUCAGAACUGCUGGAGUGAACUCUUAAUUCUAGAUCAUAUUUAUCGGCAAGUGGUACAUGGGAAAGAAGGCUCCAUCCUUCUAGUCACGGGGCAACAAGUGGAUUAUUCUGUAAUCGCAUCUCAGGCAGGUGCCACCCUCAACAGUCUCAUGAGCCACGCACAGGAGCUGGUAGCUAAACUACGAUCUCUGCAGUUUGAUCUACGAGAAUUUGUGUGUCUCAAAUUUUUGGUGCUGUUCAGUUUAGAUGUCAAAAAUCUAGAGAACUUCCAGCUGGUGGAAGGUGUCCAAGAACAAGUGAAUGCUGCUUUGCUGGACUAUACCAUGUGCAACUAUCCACAGCAGACAGACAAAUUUGGGCAGCUUCUCCUGCGACUCCCAGAAAUCCGGGCGAUCAGUAUGCAGGCUGAAGAGUACCUCUACUACAAACACCUAAAUGGGGAUGUGCCAUGUAAUAACCUUCUCAUUGAAAUGCUGCAUGCAAAGAGAGCAUAAAUUAUAGCCUUUGAUACAGCUUCUGCUUUUCAAAAAAGAAAAAAAAAAUACUCUGAAGUUCUCCAAGUGACACUAAUUGAAAUAACUUGGUUUAAAGAAACUUUGCAAAAAAAAUUAAUGUUAUAAUAAUCAAAUACUUAAUAGUAAAUAAGUGAUGUAUCAGGGUAUCUGCAUUGCCAACUGUGAAUCAAAUGCUACACAGUCUCCCCAAAGGAACUUGUAUAGGACUUUAUCACUGGAAUGAAAGGAGAUUUACAAGUGGAAAGGCUACCAUCAUCAGUGUCAAUCAAGGCAAAAAAAAAAAAAGGAAAGGAAAGGAAAGAACAAUUCUUAUAAGUUAAAAAAAAAAAAAACUUUUCCAGUUACCACUAUGGAGAAAUUUAGGAACAAGUUUUAUCUGUGUUCUUCAGCUAACAGAUCAAGGGGAUCUGCAUGCACUACAACCCUUCACUGUUUAGCAGGACUGAAAACACCUCUAAAGGAAGGAAGCAACACUGCAGUUUCCCUGUGUCAUCUUUCCAAAGACUGAAUUCUUAUUUCUCCUUCCAAAAGGAAUGUGUGGCGCCCAUCUAUAUUAAAAAAUCUGGAGUAGGCCACACACACACACACACACACACAGAGAGAAUAGUGUCACAAGCAAGCAAAUAAAUACAGCCUGGAUUUUUGUCAGUCUGUGACUCUGACCUGCAGAUAACAAACAUGAGAAAAUAAUUUUGUUCAUAAGGUUAGUGUGACAUUCUUAAUAUGUUUUCUAAGGUUGCUUUUGUCAUUGUGUUCAUGUUGUUCAGCUAGGCAGUAUCCCUCUUCCACCAGUGACCAAGUAUUGGACGUAAGCUGCUCCAGAGCAAUCGAUAGGGGACCUUAAUUCCAGGCUCAACUCAAACAUUACUGGAAUGGCUUCUCAAAGCUUUUAGAGCCAGAUCACCUUGUGGCUACUAUUUGACCACUGCCUAAAAUAAAACAUUACUUCAAGCAGUAGCAUCUCUUUACUUGUCACACUUAAUCGCCAGUCUAGUACUUGGAUUUCAGAGAAACCAGGUUAGUGAAUUCAAAUCAUAUCCCACUGUCUAUCUUCGCUGCGACCUUUCUUUUCCCACAUGUUUCUCAGUUGGGGGUUAUUCAUGAACCAUCUGCACACGCAGCUCAAGAGCAGGCUAGCAUGACUUUGGAGUCUUCAGGUCAAAGACAGCCACUGCUGUACCCCUGUAUAAUCAUAAUCAGCCUCCUGGUUUUCCUGCUCGAUCUACAUAGCAAAGAACAAAAGGUAUCUAGAUGGCCAUGCUAGUCAGUAGGCUGAAUUCACAUUGACUGUCUGACUAAUGAAACCAGGUCCUGACAGCUAACCAGAACUGGGGCUUGAAAAAAAAAGAAUGUCAGGAGAAGGCACUUU